AUGGCUCGAUCUCCAACGCCGCAGCCGCCUAGCCUGCGGCAGCGGAACGUUGCGUCCAAGCAGCCCGUUCCCGAAUCCACCUUUGCCCCCGAGGUCGAGCUCGACAAGCUGUCCAAGGCGGCAGCCUCGUCGCGCCAGAACAUUCGGAGGGGCGAAACUGAGCACACGCUUGCUCUGACUCUGGUGACCAUUCUCGGCUUCGUCACUCGGUUCUGGGGAAUUAGCCACCCCGACGAGGUUGUCUUUGACGAAGUGCACUUUGGAAAGUUUGCCUCCUACUACCUUCAGCGAACCUACUUUUUCGAUGUCCACCCCCCUUUUGCCAAGCUGCUUUUUGCCUUCGUUGGCUGGGCGGUUGGAUAUGACGGCCACUUCCACUUCGAAAACAUCGGCGACUCCUACAUUGCCAACAAGGUGCCCUAUGUCGCGUUCCGAGCCUUGCCCGCCUUCCUGGGCGCAUUGACUGUGUCUGUCACGUAUUUGAUCAUGUGGGAAUCGGGCUAUAGUGUACCUGCUUGCCUCGUCGCUGCCGGGCUGAUCCUCUUGGACAAUGCGCACAUUGGCCAGACUCGUCUUAUUCUCCUUGACGCUACGCUGGUGCUUGCCAUGGCCUGCAGCCUCUUGUUCUACAUCAAGUUUUACAAGCUGCGACACGAGCCCUUCAGCAGAAAGUGGUGGAAGUGGCUUGUCCUGACUGGCUUUGCGCUGUCUUGCGACAUCUCGACCAAGUAUGUUGGUCUCUUCGCCUUUGUCACCAUUGGCUCUGCUGUCAUCAUUGAUCUGUGGGAGCUUCUGGAUAUCAAGCGACCCGGUGGGCCCAUCAGCCUUCCGCUGUUUGGAAAGCACUUUGCAGCUCGCGCCGUUGGCCUGAUUAUCCUGCCUUUCCUCUUCUACCUUUUCUGGUUCCAGGUGCAUUUUGCUGUCUUGACUCGAUCUGGUCCCGGCGAUGACUUCAUGUCUCCAGAGUUCCAAGAGACUUUGAGCGACAAUGUCAUGCUGGCAAGCGCUGUCGAUAUCCAGUACUAUGAUACCAUUACCAUCAGGCACAAGGAGACCAAGGCGUACCUUCACAGCCACCCCGACACCUACCCUCUGCGAUAUGAUGAUGGUCGCAUUUCCAGCCAAGGCCAACAGGUCACUGGCUACCCCCACAACGACACAAACAACUACUGGCAAAUCGUCCCUGCCAGCAACGACCAGAAGCUCGGCCGCAUCGUAAGGAACCAAGAGUUGGUUCGACUUCGACACAUCGUCACGGACAAGAUUCUGCUCUCCCACGAUGUUGCUUCUCCGUACUACCCCACCAACCAGGAAUUCACCGCCGUGUCCGCUGAGGAAGCAUAUGGCAAUCGCCAAAACGACACUCUCUUUGAGAUUCGAAUCGAGGGAGGCAAGGCCAACCAAGACUUCAAGACUGUUGCCAGCCACUUCAAGCUCAUUCACUUCCCCAGCAAGGUUGCCAUGUGGACUCACACCAACCCUCUUCCCGAGUGGGCCUACAGACAGCAGGAAGUCAACGGCAACAAGCAAAUCACUCCCAGCUCCAACGUGUGGAUCGCCGAAGACAUCCCAUCGCUGCCUGAAGAUCACUCUCGUCGCCAGAAGGAGCAGCGCAAGGUCAAGUCGCUGCCGUUCCUCCGCAAGUGGUUUGAGCUGCAGAGGUCCAUGUUUUACCACAACAGCAAGCUGACCAGCAGCCACCCGUACGCCAGCCAGCCUUACCACUGGCCGUUCCUUCUCCGAGGUGUGAGCUUCUGGACACAGAAUGAUACGCGUCAGCAAAUCUACUUUGUUGGCAACCCAAUUGCUUGGUGGCUUGCCAGCGGUCUUUUGGCUGUGUUUGCCGGCAUUAUCGGAGCAGACCAAGUCUCUCUGCGUCGAGGCAUCGAUGCCCUGGACCAUCGCACCCGUUCUAGGUUGUACAACUCCACCGGCUUCUUCUGGCUGGCUUGGGCUACUCACUACUUCCCAUUCUAUCUCAUGGGACGUCAGCUCUUCCUCCAUCACUACCUUCCUGCUCAUUUGGCGUCUUGCCUGGUCACAGGAUCCCUCAUUGAAUUCAUCUUCAACACAGAUCCAGCAGAUGAGGAGCCAUCUCAAGGCAAAGCUUCCGGCCCCAAGAGACAUAUCACAGCUCGCGAGCGGUUUGCUGGCAAGAGCAUGGCCGGUGCCUGGAUUGCUUGUUUUGCGAUUCUCGCCGUCGCCGCUGCCAGCUGGUUCUUCUUCUUGCCUUUGACAUAUGGCUAUCCCGGACUGACCGUCGACGAAGUUAACCGGAGAAAGUGGCUUGGAUAUGACCUUCACUUUGCCAAAUAA